CGCAAUUCUUGUUACUGUCCACUCAUUCAUUCAUUCAUUUGUUUGGUUUCAUAGCAAAAGCACCUGGCGUGCCAUUCCUUCGGGCUUCUUGAUACCACAUCAGACUCAUCAACCAACAAGCCCUUCAGUCCAAUCCAAUCCAAGCCUCUCAUUCAAGCUCUACGCCUUACCAAGUCAAACCUUCACACCCAUCCCGCUCCACCACCACCACAAAAAUGUCGUCCAACAUCAACAAGAACCUCUACUACACCGUCCCGCUGGACGACGAUCUCGAAUCCCAGGACUACCUCCAAGAAAAGAAGGCGCCCUGGUUCAGCGUCCCCGUCCGAAGCGCCGCCGUUGCCGCACCCUCUCACUCUUCUCCCUUGUCUGCUUUGUGGAGACUACCUCAAAGAUGGUGGCCAAACGACGAUAGCCGCCACUACAACAGCGGCAACACUCGUGUCAACGGCAGCCGAGAACAUGGAAGAGGCUUUUGGGACCGCUGGAUAUGGCUCGUCCACGCCGUUCUGCUGACCAUUUCCGUGACGCUGUUUGCGUUGUCUAUGUGCACGCUGCAAACCGCGGCGGGCGCGGGCGCGGGCGCGGCGGCAGCUCAGUGUCAGUGUCAGGGCACGGGGAUGACGGAAGGGGCGAAGGGUGCUGCUGGUGCUUCGAGUUUUGUUCCUCGCUCUUUCUAUGAGGGAGAGGAGACGACGACGACAACACCUGCUGCUGUGCUUCCUGUUCCGGUUGUCGACAUUCCGGAAUCGCAACAUGUUGAUAUGAAGCUUUCGAUGGAUGAUAAGACUUGGGUGGAAGAGGACGAGGAGUGAGGAGUGGGAUUGUGUUUCUGUGGGAGGGGAGAUGCCUGGAUCGACGAUGGAUCGAAGCUGGAUAUCAACACGUGGUUAGAGGUUGAAUAUUUGGGUAACAACAGGGUAACAACAGAGUUUAGCUGAAACGGUGGCUCUUUGUUGAACUUCAAGUUCCGUUUUUUUUGCAUUCACCCCUGAAAUGAUGUUGCUGCAAGACCCUUGAUAGUAAUUCACUUGCCCAGAGCCAUUUGGCU